AUGGGAGAUCGGUUCAUUCAGCUUGGUGAUUGGCGCUUGGCAGACAUCGACGGAACACACUUCUCGAUCUCGCACAAGGAUGGUUGGACGGCCCAAGUCUACAAGAGCGACGGCACUCUCCACCCUCAGAUGUGGCAACUGUGGGGUUCGUGGCACAGGCCCAUCGGACCGUCGAAGGGAAUCAGAUUCGGCUUUCAGUUUAUCGAGAUCGGCCAAUUCCGCCUUGGCGCCGUUGACGAUAACCUCUUCUCAAUUUCGUGCCUGCAGCCGCAACAGUAUCAGUUUGCAAGAGAUCGAGAGUAA